AUGUCCAAUCGAUUCGACACACCCGCAGCCGCCCCAUCGAAGGAGAAGCCGCAGCUGCCUAUUCUCGACACGACCGGAAUUCGCAAGUAUGUCGAGAACCUGAAGGAAACCUCGCCGGUCACGCACAUGGUCAACGUGCGCGACCAGGCGCUCUACGACGAUGUGAAUCUCCUGGCCAAGCUGCUGGUCGAUACCAUCCGCGAGCAUUCGGGCAUCGCCGGAGGGCAUCCAGAGCGCCUGACGUCUUUGAUCGAGGGUCUGUUGACCGCCAGCCGACUCUACUUGUAUCAUCCAUCGGAUGAAUCUUUCGAGAGUUUGGUGACGUUGAUUCAGCAAGUAGUCACGCCGGCCGAGUAUCUUGAGGUUGCUCGCGUUUUCCAUGAGUUCUUGAUUCUGGCGGAUAUCUCGGAUCGGCAGCAUCGGGUUCGGCGCUGGCGUGGCUAUCGACGAGGCACCAACGACAUUCACUUCAAGCAAACCUUCAGCGACGCUUUCAAGUUCCUCCUUGAUAAAGGAUUCUCGCGCCAGCAAAUCCGAGAAGGCCUGAUGAAGCAAAAUGUCGAGCUCGUUCUCACAGCCCACCCGACCCAAGCGGCACGCCGAACGCUGCUGCUCAAGUACUUCAACAUCGCGCAGCAACUCGACAUCCGCGACCGAACGGUCCUGACCCCGGCCGAGCAUAUUGAUAUGAUGGAUGCCAUCCGCCGUGAGAUUGUCGGAGCGUGGAGGACCAAUACCGUUCGCCGCUUGAAGCCCACGCCCGAAGACGAAGCAAGAGGUGCGCUGGCCGUCAUCGAGAACAGCAUCUGGAAGGCUCUGCCUCAGUUCAUGAGGAAUCUGGACUCCACCCUCCAAGAGUUUGGAAUCGAGCCGCUUCCCUUCGACAAGGCCGUCAUCAGCUACGGCAGCUGGAUUGGUGGCGAUCGGGACGGCAAUCCAUACGUCACCCACGAAGUCACGACAGAGGUUGUCAAGCUCUGUCGCUGGAGGGCCUCAGCCCUCAUAUACAACGAAGUGGAUCAGCUUCUCUUUGAGCUCAGCAUGACUCGCGCCUCGGAUGAGCUCAUCAGGUUUGCCGCAGCGAUUCCACAGGAGCACCUCGUUGGCACAAGCCGCGCAACCAAUCUCAACUUUCCACGAGGAAACAUACCGCGAGAUGAGCCAUAUCGCGUCCUACUGGCACCGCUCCGAGACCAGUGCAAGGUCACCGAGGAGUAUCUCUGCUCGAGCGUGGGGGUUCGCAACCCCCUUCCACGCCCAUCGAACUUUAUCGGCCAUCCCCAGCAGCUACUGGAGCCCCUAAUGCUGUGCUACCGAAGCCUGGUUGAAUGCGGAGACCAGGUCAUUGCAGACGGGCGCCUCAAGGACCUCAUCAGACGAAUCUCCACGUUUGGACUGACCUUAUACAAGCUCGAUAUCCGCCAAGAGUCUGACCGUCACACCGAAGCCAUUGAUCACAUUACACAAUGGCUCGACAUGGGUGUCUAUUCGUCUUGGGAUGAAGAAUCAAAGCAAAAAUGGCUGAUUCAAGAACUCAACGCCAAGCGUCCCUUGCUUCCCGAUAACUGGCCCAAUAUCCCUGGAUGUGAGAACGUGCCACACAGCGUCGAGGAAGUGAUGCAGACCUUCCGCACGCUGGCGCUGGUCGGAAUGGAUGCCUUGGGCUCGUACAUCAUCUCGAUGGCCCGAAAACCUUCAGACAUUCUGGCGGUGGCACUGCUUCAGAAAACCGCCGGAAUCACCGCGCCACUCCCUGUGGUCCCACUCUUCGAGACCAAAGAUGAUCUAGAGCGAGCCGGAGACACCAUGAGACGACUGUUUUCGAUCCAAUACUAUCUCAACAGCAUCAAGGGCACGCAGCAGAUUAUGCUGGGCUACUCGGACAGUGCCAAAGAUGCCGGCCGGCUCACCUCGGUCUGGCAGCUCUGGAAAUCGCAGAAGGAGCUCUCGGACAUCUGCAGGCAGUUCAGCAUCCACUUGACACUCUUCCAUGGCCGAGGUGGAAGUGUCGGUCGAGGCGGCGGACCUCAGCACUUGGCUAUCUUGUCGCAGCCGAGCGGAACGGUCCAGGGAACAAUGCGCAUCACAGCCCAGGGCGAGAUCAUCGACCGCAAUUUUGGUCAUCCGGCUACUGCCGCACAGACCAUGGAACGAUACACGACCGCAACGCUGAUUGCGACGAUGGCACCUCCUGAGGACCCCAAGGGUCUCUGGAAGUCCGUGAUGGAGCGCAUGUCGGAGAUAUCGUGUCGCCACUACCGCAAGCUUGUCACAGACCCUGCGUUCAUCUCCUACUUCCACAGCGCCACUCCGCUGGCCGAGAUUGGGAUCCUCAACAUCGGGUCACGACCGACCCGACGCAAGGUUGGGGGCGGAAUCGAGACCCUCCGAGCGAUUCCUUGGAUCUUUGCAUUCACCCAGACGAGGGUGCUGCUGCCGGUUUGGUACGGCAUCGAAGAGGCCAUUCGAGUCAUGAAGUCGGAGGGACACCUCGCCACGCUGCAAGAAAUGUACCAGGAGUGGCCGUUCUUCAAGAGCACCUUUGAUCUCAUCCAAAUGACGCUUGCAAAGAGCGAUCUCCGCAUUGCAGGCUACUACGACCACUGCCUUGCUACUGGAGAGCAGCUCUCCAUGGGGACAUCGGUGCGACAGGCCCUCCAGGAUUGCAUCCACAGCGUCCUCGAGGUCACCCAGCAAACCGAGCUCCUGGCAACCGAGCCGGUGGUCAAGCGGACGAUCGAGUCGCGCCUGCCGUUCACGGAUCCUUUGAACCUGAUUCAGGCCGAGCUGCUCCGCAAGCUCCGCCACGAGCAGGGCAACAUCGAAGCUGGCGGCCUUGACAGCGAGAGCAAGGAAGUAUCCGAUGCUGUGGUUGUGACCAUCCAGGGAAUCGCCGUUGGCAUGGGAAACACUGGCUAAAGUGCCGAGAAAGAGUGACAUCAGGGCAUGCAGCGAUACGACGCGCAUUUUCUCUUUCACGCAGAUCCUGGGCACGCAGAUCCUGGGCACCGAAGUCUUUGGCGUCGAUCUUCCCGGGCAUGGCACAAUCGCA